AUGACGACUAAAGAAGAGGAAAGCAUAGCUUUUAAGACAGUAACUAAAACCAAAAGUAAAACCCCUUUCAAGUGUUUCAAUUGUAAUCACAUAGAUCAUGCCCAGAUCAACUGCCCAAACAAAGAACUCAGCAAAAACCUGCUGUCAGUGCUCUGUAUUAUAGAAAAUGAUGGAGAAGUGUUGUUUACAAAAGAGAAAGUCCAGAUACUCAAGGACAAAAAUGUUUUAAUCGAAGGAAAAAAGGAUGAAAAUGGAUUGUUUGUAAUUAACUUUAGUGUGAGGAAUGAAGCUAUGAUGACUCAGCAAGAUACAAAUGUAGAGUGGCAUAGAAAGCUAGGUCACAUAAGUUAUGUGAAUCUUAGGAAACUGCAAGAGAUAUGCCAAGGGCUACCAGAAAGUGUGAGCAAGUGUAAAAAUUUUGAUAUAUGUUCAGUGUGUAUGCAGGCCAAACAAGAAUAUGUAAAUGAAGCUGAGUGUCACUUCAAUAAAAGAGUGAGAAGAAUAAGAUGUGACAAUGGAGGGCAAUAUAAGAACAACGCCUUGAGAGAAUGGUGUAAGAACAAGGGGAUUGUAAUGGAAUUUACUACACCAUAUUCACCACAGCUAAAUGGCACUGCUGAAAGGAUGAACCGUACCAUUGUGGAAAAGGCAAGAGCAUUGAUUUUUGACUCAGGUUUAAAUAAGAGAAUGUGGGGUGAAGCUGUACUCACUUCUGCAUACCUGCUAAACAGAAGUCCAACAGUGACAGUGAAUGGAACGCCAGCGGAAAAUUGGUAUGGUAAAAGACCAGAUCUGGCUGGAUUGAAGAGUUUUGGUUCGGAAAUGUACACUAAAAUUCUCGUACCAUUGAAAAAGUUGGACAGUCAUGGCAAGAAAGGAAUAUUCGUUGGAUACAACACAAAUGGCUACAGAAUAUGGGAUCCAAAUACAGAAAGGACCUGUGUCUCCAGAGAUGUGACAUUUACAAAAGAAACAUUCAUGCACCCAAACUACCGAGACUAUCACACAGAGAGCCAAAAGGAGGGUAUGCUCACCUAUACAUAUGAUGAGUGCAUGGAGAGCGAAGACGGCGGGAAGUGGAAGAAAGCCAUUAAAGAGGAAAAGGAUUCGCUCUACCAAAACAAAACUUGGAUGUAUGUAAACAGAAAGAAAGCAAUGGGCAAGAAAAUUCUGACCAGUAAAUGGGUUUUCAAAAUAAAGGAUGAUGGAAGACACAAAGCCAGACUGGUUGUGAGAGGAUGUCAACAAAAGGAAGGGGAAAUAGAUUUCAAGGAUACCUUCAGCCCAGUUGUUGACAUGAAUUCUCUUAGAGUACUGUUUGCCAUAGCAGCACGUAAGAAUAUGAACAUGCAAACCUUUGAUGCGAAGGCUGCCUUCCUGUAUAGAGACCUUGAGGAGGAAAACUACAUGGAGAUACCAGAAGGAUACAAGAACACUGGCAAGAUAUGUCUCCUGAAAAAGGCAUUAUAUGGCCUAAGACAAGCACCAUCACAAUGGAACAAGAAGUUGACAACCUUUCUAAAAGAAGAAGGUCUAAACCAACUAAAAUAUCUGACCAAUGCAUUUUUAAGAAUGAUGCCAAUAGUUUGUUCAUGGCCAUUCAUGUGGAUGACAGGAUAA